AUAAAUCUUAAUUCUACGAAACGUAAACUCAUGACUAAUUAUUUAUUUUACGACGUUCGUAUUACUAUCGUGUAACGAAAUUUUAUGAUUUUCGUACGAUUAAUAUUCUUAAUGCAUUAAUAAUAUCCAGCUUUAUCGUUACAGCAUUUUAUAUAUUCAAAUUACUUUUAACAAUUCUCAAGUCGGUAAUAAACGAAGAACGUCAAUAGCGGAUGGUACACCGCCCAAUGAUCUAGAAGUUGAAACGUGAGAUGUAAAAAUCACCGGAACCGGUGGUUCAAAGGUGCACAGAAUGAGUGGUCUGAAAAAGUACAGAGUCAACGCGCGACGCGAUAGCUACGUACUUCAUCGAGCAGAAUAAGCGAACGAAAGAAUUUGCAAGUCAUCCGCAUCACCUACGAUCACGAGUGCUGUUUCACGGUCGAACUUUCCUUCGUAACUGUUUUAUGCGCGGCUUUUGGUGUCAUCAGUUUUCAAUUACGUCUUCGUUCGCUUACCAUUGCUGCUAUAGCGAUACCUAAAUAGAUAUUUCUCUUGUGUUUGGUGCGUUAAUUCUUGUUCAUUCUUAUCGCGCCUUUUUUACCUUCUGUUUCCUGAUUCGUUGUAUACAAAUGAGUCGAGCAUGGGUGGUUUACAGACUCAUUGUUGAGAAGCCGAUCGGGAAUAGGCAAGCAAAUUCAUCAACGACCUCUUUCGACGUGCAGGUGUGAUCAUUACACAUGACAAUUCAUUAGAAAAGAAGGAUAUAGUCUGUAUAUAUAUGUUGUGCAGUGAUAAAAUGAACGUCUAAUGUUUGUUUCUUGAGAAAGGUGAAAACUGUCAGUGUUCAAGAUCUUGUAGAAGCACGUGCGUAUGUUAAUUCUGUGUUUGACGUGUGCCCAUGUUCAGCAAUAUAUCGUAUUUAUCAAGACGGAGUCCAGUGUAUUUGUUUAAUUCCUGCGUCAUCGUGCAACAUCAAUGAAUUAAGCGUCGAAUUAUGAUCGUACGGUCGCACCUUUUUCCCCCCCUCAUAAUUUAGUUUGCAUCGAGAAAAUUAUUGGACAACAAGUUCCUUUGGUAAUUGACAUUACUAUAUACCACCAGGGGCUCUUCAAUCAUUUGAUUUAUUUUAAUGGAUGAAGAAGAUCGUUAUGCAAGGAAAGGAGCUCGAAGUAGCUUCCAAUCACCAAAUGUUGGAUCCAAUUUGUUCUUCAUGACAGACGAUGAAAAAGAUUUGGAAGGAACAGAACAACAUGGAGACCUUGGAGACAUGACAUUUUAUAUGACUAAUUAUAUUAAAGAUGCCAUGAAAAUGAUGUUCAUAAUGCGUAGUCAUCAUAUGCUCACUGAUGUCAUACUCGAAGUAGGAUCAGAACUUCUCUAUGCACACAAAGUUAUUUUAGCUGCUGCGAGUCCAUACUUUAAGGCAAUGUUUACGGGAGGUUUAAAGGAAUCUGAAAUGACUAGGGUAAAACUUCAAGGUGUUUGUCCAACAACUAUGGCACGUCUAAUGUAUUUUAUGUACACUGGUCAAAUAAGGGUUACAGAGAUUACUGUGUGUUCACUUUUAUCGGCGGCCACCAUGUUCCAGGUUAGUAAUGUCAUAGAUGCGUGUUGCGUUUUUCUGGAAAAACAAUUAGAUCCCACAAAUGCUAUUGGAAUUGCAAAUUUUGCUGAACAACAUGGUUGUCACAGUUUAAACCAAAAAGCGAAUCAGUUUAUUGUUCAACAUUUUAGUCAAAUAUGUCAGGAAGAGGAGUUUCUGCAAUUGUCGGCAAUACAACUGAUAGCACUAGUGAGAAAGGAUGAACUAAACGUGGCAGAAGAGAGAGAAGUGUACAAUGCUGUGUUAAAGUGGGUAAAGUAUAACGAAGAAGCGAGAGGACCUAAAAUGGAACAUAUAUUACAUGCUGUAAGGUGUCAGUACCUGACUCCAAACUUUUUACGGGAACAAAUGAAAAACUGUGACGUAUUAAAAAAAGUACCUGCAUGCCGGGAAUAUCUAGCUCAAGUCUUCAAAGAUCUGACUCUUCACAAGAAACCAGUGGUAAAAGAAAGAACACCGAAUACUCGAAGGGUAAUAUAUAUUGCGGGUGGGUUUUUAAUACAUUCGCUAGAUGUAUUGGAAGGGUAUAAUGCAGAUGACAAGACGUGGACGCAACACGCGAAGUUGAUUGUUCCUAGAUCUGGUUUGGGCGGAGCCUUCUUGAAAGGCAUGUUUUAUGCUGUCGGUGGCAGAAACAAUUCACCCGAGAGUAGAUACGAUAGCGAUUGGGUGGAUAGAUACAAUCCUGUAACGGAUCAGUGGAGACCUUGUAGUCCAAUGUCUGUGGCAAGAAAUCGUGUAGGAGUAGCUGUGAUGGACGGGUUAUUGUAUGCUGUUGGAGGUAGUGCAGGUGCAGAAUAUCAUAGUAGCGUCGAAUGUUAUGAUCCAGAUGUAGAUUCGUGGACACAUAUAAAACCAAUGCACAUAAAGAGAUUGGGAGUCGGAGUAGCCAUGGUUAAUAGAUUACUCUAUGCCAUUGGUGGUUUCGAUGGUACAAAUCGACUGAAUUCGGUGGAAUGUUAUCACCCUGAAAACGAUGAAUGGACGAUGGUUUCGUCGAUGAAAUGUAGUCGUUCAGGAGUAGGGGUAGCUAGUCUUGGCCAGUACAUAUAUGUCGUAGGAGGAUACGAUGGAAAUAAGCAGUUAAAUUCCGUCGAAAGGUAUGACACGGAACGAGAUAUGUGGGAGUACGUUAGUAGCGUUACUAUUGCUCGUAGCGCGCUCAGUGUUACUGUACUAGAUGGAAAAUUAUAUGCAAUGGGAGGAUACGACGGAGAACAUUUUUUAAACAUCGUAGAAAUUUACGAUCCUGCAAAAGAUAUUUGGGAGCAAGGAGUACCUAUGACUUCGGGAAGAUCGGGUCAUGCAAGCGCAGUAUCUUAUCACCAAUGUCCUAUACACUGCGAUCAUUUAGAUCACAAUAUAUCAUUAGAGAAACCACCAUCGUGAUACGUGUAAUUGUCGGAUGUUAGUCUAUCUAUUGCUAUAUAAAAGAAAUUUGUAACUAGGAAAGAUUUAUACAAGGAGAAAGGGAGAAACACAGCAAGAAAUGUCAGAGUAAACACUCAAAGCAGUAAAGAAAUUUCUUCUCAAUUACCACAGACUGAUUAUCUUCGACGCGUCAACUAAGUCUAGUUCCUGUUAUCUUAGAUAUGUUUUCACAGAAUUUGAAAAUUUUGACAUUCAUCAUUAAACUAAGUUUACUCCCAAAAGGACCAGUGAUUUACUUCCAUUAAAAAUAGGAUUUUAGUAUAAUGUAUGUGUUCUUAUAAAAAAUCACAAGGCCUAAACAAUUGUGUGUGUAUAUGUGU